AGAGAGGGAGGGAGAGGGAGGACGAGGACAGACAGGGAACCAGAGCUGGCAUUAAAGAAACGGAGAGCACCGGCACUCAAUAAGAUACGCGUGGGAACAGCAAUCCCCGGAAAAGGAGAAGCAGAAAUUGUUCAGUCCUCGUGUGCAGGGAGUCCCAGCCCCUCCAGUCUGUCUGUGGGUGUGUGAUCCAGCUCUGUGUGCCUCCACGGUUCUAUAGGGGCCGUGGCAGCCAUGGCGUCAGAGCCCAGCACCCAGUCCAGGGUGAUGUUCCAGGCGACGGACAAAACAGAAGAGCCAGCGCACCGCAAGCUGGGGAAGCUGACAGUGAAAUACAACCGAAAGGACCUGCAGAGGAGGCUGGAUAUUGAGGAGUGGAUUGAUGGGCAGCUGCACGUGCUGUUUGACUGUGAGGAGGAAGAAAUCCCAGAGUUAGAAAUUGAUAUAGAUGAACUCCUGGAACUGUCAGACGAGGGGCAAAGAACUCGACUGCAGGAGUUGCUGCAUGAAUGUGGAAAGCCAAAAGAGGACUUUAUCAACGGGCUGCUCUACAGGAUAAAGGGUCUACGCAAAAUGUCAGGUCCCUUGAAGAAGUAAUUAUAGGUCAAAUUAAGAUUGAAGACAAUGAGGAGCCUUUUGUCUCCCCAUCUCCCACUCAUUAACCACAUGGAUGCCUGUAUGUGCGGCCCACACUGUCAGCGUGACUCUUCCAGGCUUCUCCUCCCCCUUCCUGAGUCGGUAUCAGCUAACGCCAGAGCAGUUGGGUUUUAAAAUGAUAUUCCCCCCUCUUUAACAUAUGAACUCGUAUAUAUUAUUUUGCCCAUCAUUAACAUACCAACAUUAUACAAGUGAUGAAAAUGGUCAUGUCUAUUACUCAGAGGGACUUUUUUUUUUGUCUAAGAAUGUACAUUUUCAGCUGCUUAUUUAUGUACAUAAGUAUUUUGUUCAAGUAACAGUGUUGUCGGAAUAAAAUGGAACAUUUUCAAAACAA